CUAAAAAAAAAUUUGCUAAUCUGGAAAAUAAAAAUGCUUAAAUAAAAAAAAUAUUUUAACAAGAUGGAGGAUUUGAUUCUUAGCAGUUAAUAGAUAAAAAUGUACACAAAUCUUUAUAUAGAUUUAAAAAAAUUUAGGAUAGGAGAUGAAGGAGCGAAUUACCUUAGCACAAUAUUAACUGAUUGUGUCCAUUUAUCGACUCUUGUUCUAUUAUUAGACAACUAAAAUAUCAGCAGUUAAGCAGCUUCUAAAAUAGGCUUUGCUUUAAAGAAUAGCAAAAACCUUUCAACUUUAUUCCUUAACUUUAUGAAUAACAAAAUCUGCUCAAAUGGAUGUUCAGAUAUUCUGUCUUCUGUAUCAAAAUUCGUUAAUCUCUCUCAUUUAACACUUAAUUUUGAAAAUAACAAAAUUAAUGAUGAAGAUGCAUCAAAUUUAGAAUUAUCAUUAGAUAAUGGUUCGAAACUGGAGUAUUUAUCUCUUAACUUUAGUAAUAAUGAAAUCAGUGAUUAAUUCAUAUCAAAGAUAGGCUAAGCUUUAUAAAAAUGCCAAUCUUUAUCAUAUUUAUCUCUUGAUUUUAGUAAAAGUAAAAUCGGAAAUAUUGGUGUAUACAAUUUAUCUCUUGGCAUAGAAAGUUGUAUUCAGCUCUCAACUUUAAACUUAAACUUAGAUAAUACCAAUGUUUACUCUCAAAAUGCUUCAUGGUUUGAUGUCUUUUCAGCUUGCUGUAAUAACCUUACAAUUUUAAAUUUGAAUUUAUCUAAAUCGAAUAUAGGUUCAUAAGGUGCUUAAGAUUUAGGUAAAUUUCUUGCUAAAUGUUCUAAGCUUUCAAAUUUGCAUCUUAAAUUAGGACAUAAUUAGAUUGAUGCUUUUGGAUUUUCUAGCAUUUUUAUGAGUUUAUCUAACUGCUCUUAGCUUUCUACUUUGUAUCUUAAUCUCUAAAAUAGUAGUUUAAAAGAUGAAUCUUUUUAGGCAUUAGGCUCAGGUUUAGGAAACUGUAAAAACCUUUAGUUUUUAACCCUAAAUCUCGAGUUUAAUUAUUAUUUUUCUCAAAGCUCGGCAUAUCAAUUAGGUAGUGGUUUAGCUUACUGUUCUAAUCUCUAGCAUUUUAUACUCCUAUUAUAGAGAAAUGAUGUUAGAUUCUAAGGAGUAUCUAAGCUUAUAUCUGCUUUAGCACAUUGUAGGAAACUCUAUGUUUUUGAACUUUGGUCUCGUGAAUGCGAGAUUUAUGAAAAGGGUAAAAAGAAGCUUUUGAAAUAAUUACAUAAGAUGAAAAAUUUAGUUAAGUAAUUUGUUUUAGUUUAUGAGUCAUUUUGAUAUAAAAUAUUACUAAUUAAUUAAUAUGUUAAUAAGAUGAUAAGUAACAUGUAUGUUUGUUUAAAUAUAUAUAUUAUUCAAAUGUACACAUAAACAAAAUUUAGUAUUCGAUAAAUAUUUGUGAA